AUGGCACACAUUUUAUCCAUUUUAUUCUCAUUUUUCUUCAUCCAGCUACUGGAUUUCUCUAAUGGCCAAAAUGUUGUUAAGGCAGGGUAUUGGGUGAGUGACAGAGGAUUAGCUUUAAACAACAUAAAUUCAACUCUUUUCACUCAUUUAUUUUGUGCAUUUGCUGAUCUUAAUCCUCAAUUAAACCAGUUAAUCAUUUCACCGGAAAAUCAAGAUUCGUUUAGGCAAUUUACAAGCACAGUCCAACAGAAAAAUCCUUCUGCAAAAACUUUAUUGUCUAUAGGUGGAGGAAGUGCAAAUAAAACAGCAUAUGGAAUCAUGGCUAGAACACCAAAUUCAAGGAAAAGUUUUAUUAAUUCAUCAAUCAGAUUAGCUAGACAAUCGGGAUUCCAUGGCCUUGAUCUUGUUUGGCAAUACCCAGAAUCAGCUACAGACAUGACAAACUUAGACACCCUUUUAAAUGAGUGGCGCACUGCGAUCAACACUGAGGCAAGAAACUCGGGCAGUGCCGCGUUACUUUUUACAGCAACUGUUUCUUGCUCGCCCCAAGUGAAUAAUUUGAGUUAUCCAAUACAAUCCGUGGCAAAAAACUUAGAUUGGAUCAACCUGAUGGCAUAUGAAUUCUAUGGACCAAAUUGGCCUCCCUCACAUACCAAUUCACAUGCACAACUAUUUGAUCCGGUGAACCAAGUGAAGAGUGGAAGCAAUGGAAUCAAUCAAUGGAUUCAAGAAGGUGUUCCAGCACAAAAAUUGGUACUUGGAAUUCCAUUUUAUGGAUUCGCGUGGCGAUUAGUUAAUUCGAAUAUUCAUGGUCUUAGAGCGCCUGCUGACGGAAAAGCAAAUGUUGGCUUUGAUGAUGGGUCGAUGACUUAUGCCGAAAUUAGGGAAUAUAUAGUGCAGAAUCGUGCCACGACUGUGUAUAAUGCAACCAUUGUUGGAGAUUAUUGUUACUCUGGAAGUACUUGGAUUAGCUAUGAUGAUACUCAGAGUGCAAGAAAUAAGGUUUCUUACAUUAAAAGUAGAGGAUUGCUUGGUUACUUUGCAUGGCAUAUUGCAGCAGACAGUAAUUGGAAUUCAGUUCUUGCUCAUGCUGCAGCAGAAGGUAAUUAACUCUAUUA